AAAUUAAUAUAGCUAGUAUUUUGUAUCAAUCCAUUUCAACGUAUUUAAUUCUAAGAUAAACUACAUAUCUUACCAAAAAAAAAUUCAAUAUUAUUUUCUAUAUUAUCCAAAAGGAUUAAUAUUUCUGAUGGCAUCAAGUUUUACUAGGUUAUCUGGCCAAUCAACAUCCACGUCUAUAAUGGGUUAUGAAUUCCAUUAAUUGUAUAAGAAAACGACUUGUUAGAUUAAUAGAGCAAUGGUAGCUCCCGAAAGGAAUAAGGCCAAUUUCCAAGUUGCCAACAAGCAAGAAUUGACAGAUUCUUCCUGCAGACAAUUAAGUAAAUAGAAAUCUGUAUGAACAUAUAUUUAGAAGUCAUGCAUGCCAACUUGACUAGUGGGGUUCUUAACAUUUUUUGUCUUUGAGCACUUGAUUUGUAAGAUUUUGACCAUAAUUACGUUCCCGAAACACAUGGGUCUAGAAUCUUGACUAGUAGUCAUCUGCCAUCCUUUCCUAGCACUACUUUUCCAAUUCAUUUUUCAAUUUGUAGAAUUCCAGCUUUCUUAUUUUGCUACACAAAUAUUUCCUGUUUUCAAUUCAUCAGCAUAAAAACUGAUCAAAACAGUUGGUAGCUAGGAGAGAAAGGGUAUCUGUAAAAACUGACACAGAAAGAUUCUCAACAGAACCAGACUCGAUGGCAUCUUCUUCAAGUCGAAAGGAGCAGGACGAUCAACUUGAAUCUGCCAAAGCUGAGAUGGGAGAGGUGAGAGAAGAAAACCAAAGACUGAAGAUGUACUUAAAUCGGAUAAUGAAGGAUUAUCACAACCUACAAAUGCAAUUCUAUGACAUUGUUCGGCAAGAUGCAAAGAAUUCCACUGCCACAACGGCAAAUAAUGACCACCAAGAAGCCGUCGAAGAACCUGAGCUUGUUUCUCUUACCCUCGGAAGAUUUUCAAGUGAUUCAAAAAAGGAUGAUAAGAACAAAACAUCUAGCCAAGGGAAAGAGGAUGAGAGAGGGAAAGAAGGCUUAUCUCUUGGCCUAGAUUACAAAUUUGAAGCUUCUAAGUCAGAUUUAGAUGAUGAAGCUUUGCCAAAUCCAAGCCCAGCGAACAGUUGUCAAGAACCAAAGGAAGAAGAGAGCUGGCCACCAAGCAAAGUUCUCAAGACAAUGAGAAGUGGAGAUGACGAAGCUUUGCAACAAAACCCUGUUAAGAAAGCAAGGGUUUGCGUGAGAGCCAGAUGCGACACUCCUACGAUGAUUGAUGGCUGCCAAUGGCGGAAAUAUGGACAGAAGAUUGCUAAAGGAAAUCCUUGCCCUCGAGCGUAUUAUCGUUGCACUGUUGCACCUUCAUGCCCAGUUAGAAAACAGGUACAAAGAUAUGCUCAGGACAUGUCCAUUUUAAUUACAACCUAUGAAGGAACACACAAUCAUCCACUUCCAAUGUCAGCCACAGCAAUGGCUUCCACCACUUCUGCAGCUGCUUCGAUGCUAUUGUCUGGUUCAUUAUCGAGCUCCCAGCCUAGCUCCAAUGUUCCAUCAAUUGCCAACACCACCACUGCCAAUCUCCAUGGACUCAACUUUUACCUAUCUGAUAACUCAAAAUCAAUGUUCUACUUGCCCAACUCUUCACUGUCUGCAGCCUCAUCACACCCAACAAUCACUCUUGACCUUACUUCGACACCAUCCUCAUCCUCAUCAUUUCCUUUCAAUAGGCUUUCUUCAGCUUAUCCCACAAGCGCAAGAUAUCCUUCUACAAGUCUCAGCUUUGGUUCUUCGGAAUCAAACACCAUGUCUUGGGGCAAUGGGCUCCUUAGCUAUGGCAAUAGUACUCAACCCUACAUGAAAAACCAAAUCGGAGCUCUGAACAUUGGAAGACCACAGACUGUGGAGAAUAGCAUUUAUCAAUCUUUCAUGCAAAAGAAUAAUCUAAAUCUUCCUCAACAGCCUCUACCCGAUACUAUUGCUGCUGCAACCAAAGCAAUCACAGCAGACCCCAAUUUCCAAUCUGCUUUAGCAGUGGCUCUGACAUCAAUCAUUGGCACUGGCAAUAAUGGUGGUGCAACUCAGCCAGGUAGAGAGAGUUUGGGACAAAAUUUGAAGUGGGGAGAGCAGCCACUUCCAAUCACUUCUAGUUACUCACAAACAGUGAAAGGGAAUGGCUGUGCCUCAAGCUUCUUGAACAAAUCUCCUUCCUCUACUUCACAGCCGGGGAGUUCGAUGUUUUCACCACCUUCUUUGCCAUUUUCAACGCCCAAGAGUGCAUCCACGUCUCCUGGUGAUACUAGAAAUCACAGCAAUUGAUUGUUUUUUAAUUUUUGAAUAUUUUGUAAUUAUGUUCAUUAGUCUUAAUUGGCAUGUAAUAAUGUGAAGUUAAAGAAAAUUUUCCCUUAGAGACAAGGACAGGAGGCAUAGAAAUUUGACCAAAUUUGGUU